ACCUAUCUGAGUCAAUUGUCAUUUUGGGACUAGCCUGGCCCUAUUGAAGACUAAAAAGUACAAUUCGGCAGCGAUGACGUAGGGCCAGAAAGGAACCAGCUUUAUUUCUUUUGUUUCCACUUUUCUGAUUGUCAGAGCUUCCAACAGCCAGUGGACGGAUUGGCUGACAGCCCAAUCCGCUACAACCCCAUGCCCGCAGCCCGUAUCUCUUCACCCAUGGGGCCAUCAUCUCCAUCUUCCGUUUCUUAAAUAGAAGAUAAAAAAUAGUGUGUACCUUACGUAUGCGAUCAUCCCAAUCCGUCUACCUUUAUUAACUCCCCUCCACUUUCUGACUCAACCAUACAAAGCUUUUAGUAUUCACAUUUACUACCUCCAUCUCUACCUCUACCUCUAAAUUCUACUUGUUCUAUACGCCUGCCUCAAGCGAAACAAGCCCAAAGUUACCGAGGCUCCUUGAUAAUAUUGUAACAGCAUCCGAACUAAAGGUUGUUUCUCGACGUCCAUUCACGUCACAUCAUUGCACCAAUCUCACGAUUCAUCGCCAAUUCGCCUGCCACGAUGCAUCGAACUUACUCUAUGCGCCAGACUCGGGCGCCUACUGCCUCUCAGAUCCAGAACCCCCCUCCCCCGCCAUCAUCCACCAAGUCCGGUAGGCUGUUCGGAAGAGGCGGAUUUGGACAUGCGCUCCGUCGCAAUGCUGCUGGCGCCUUCGGGCCCGACCUUGCCAAGAAGUUGACCCAGCUUGUUAAGAUGGAGAAGAAUGUGAUGCGAAGCUUGGAGCUUGUCGCGAAGGAGCGCAUGGAGGUCGCUCAACAACUGUCCCUUUGGGGCGAGGCCGCUGACGAGGAUGUGUCUGACGUCACCGACAAACUUGGUGUGCUCAUCUACGAGAUUGGUGAGCUCGAAGAUCAAUACGUCGAUCGGUAUGACCAGUACCGAGUCACUAUGAAGAGUAUCAGGAAUAUUGAGGCAUCAGUACAGCCUAGUCGAGACCGCAAACAGAAGAUCGCCGACCAGAUCGCUCAGCUCAAAUACAAGGAGCCCAACUCGCCCAAAAUCGUUGUCCUUGAGCAGGAACUAGUUCGCGCCGAAGCCGAAUCGCUCGUUGCCGAAGCCCAACUAUCCAACAUUACCCGUGAGAAGCUGAAGUCCGCCUAUGCGUACCAGUUCGACGCCCUACAGGAACAUUGCGAGAAAGUCGCAAUCAUUGCAGGGUACGGAAAACAUCUGCUCGAGCUAAUCGACGAUACCCCUGUGACUCCCGGCGAAACCCGCGCCGCGUACGACGGUUACGAAGCCAGCAAAGCCAUCAUUCAGGACUGCGAAGAUGCGCUGACUAACUGGGUGUCAUCGAACGCAGCCGUAAACCCGAAGCUAUCCACGCGAGCUCGCACGCUGUCGACGAGACGUCGUAACAACAUCAAAGCCCGAUCAGAAGGCCUAGACCUGUCAGGUCAGGAUGCGCCGCUUAACGACCGCGAAUCGUGGGUUGCGGCUGGUGAACCCAAGAAUCACGAGUACGAAGAGGAAGAGUUAGAGGAAGAUGAGCAAGCCCAUUCUGUAUUGGAUUCCGAGACUGGAUUGAACGGGGAGCACCGAGGAAGAGCACCAGAGAUGACAGCUUAGAAGGCUUGACGGUCUCGGCAUUCUUCGGUUGCAGAUGGCAACCUAUUAUUAAUGUCUAAUACGAGAAACCUUGCGACGUUUAUGGGGAUGCCCGGUAUGAUAUUUAGGGCAUACAGUUUUGUUUUCAAGGAGUUCUUGAGAUUAAUCUCAGGAGUUCUUGAGCACCGGUUGUUUCGGAUGACAUGAUAGGAUGGAUGAACGGACAGGACCUAGGUGGCGUGGAAGUGGAAGGGCUUUUAUGCGACACACGACAGGAGAGGGUCUCGCGUUCUUCCGAACAAUCGAUCAACAACAGUGUUUUUCUUGUACUUAUAGUGGCAAAAUAAUAUUCUUGGCGCCUUGUCGGGGAUGAUAUACGAGAUGGACUUUAGGAAAGAGAAACGAAUGCAUUUGAAGCAUUUCUUGCCUUAUCUUGACAUCGUGAUCUUGUAACUCAUGCCCUAGUGUAUCAGGACAGGACGUGUCAUGGUUUUUAGAGAGAUUGAUCCUGGAGUUACGACAUAUAAGG